AUGAAGUGGGAAGAACCUAUUGACCACCUUAACAGUUUCUUAAGAAGUCGAGACGUUAGUCCUAUUAGGUACACCCUAAAGACACCUUGGAACGAUGCCAGUGGAAGGACCAGACGACUGCAUGAGCGCAAAGCCAAGCAAGCGGUUUCAGCUGUUCUUGGUGAAAUAGCGCCUAAUGAUCCAGAUCUUCUCUGGGAAUCUAUUAUGUCCUCAAAACAAAAUGAAACUGGAAAUCACCCUUGUUCUAGUGGUUUGGAUAAAGAAUUGAUGUACACGGUGACAAACUGCUACAAAAUUGCAAACAAGUGGGAUUCUCGCAGGCAGAUAUUGUCCAUAAUGGCGGAUAAGGUUAGCUUGGCAACAAUUCAACAGUGUAUCCCAGGGAUGAGAAGUUAUCGGUUUAAGGUCGCCAGGCAGCAUGCUGCAGUCCAUGGCAGUGGAAAACUGGUGCCUACCAAUGCACAAACGAAGUCAUUCAUACCUGAAGCAAAAUUAGCGCAUUUCCUAGACUUUAUCACAAGCUCCCAUGUAAUUCAAGAUCUUCCAUUUGGAGCCAAGACAAUAACAUUGUCAACUAACAAGGUCAUCCAAGUUCCAAAUGUGGUGCCGAACAUGAUACCUGAACGAAUCGUUUGCCAGUACCAAAAAUAUUCUGCUGAGCAUGAUUUCACACCCAUGAGUCACAGUACACUGCUAAGGAUUCUGCAUGUUUGUUCCGCUUUGACUCGUAAGUCAUUGCAAGGGCUAGAUUAUGUAAGCUGUUCUGGGGCGCAGGCAUUUGAAGAUCUUGUGAACGUUGUGCCCCAGCUCCGGGAAAAUGGAAUGGGUCUCAGAAAGGCAAAAACACGAAAGGAAGCUUUAAAGGAGGCAAAGCGGUACGUCAAGAUUGAUUUCAAGGUAAAAUAA